GCUUUACAACCUAUAGAAAUUUACCAUUUUAAUUAAUUUUGUGAAACAUUAUCAUAUUUCUGUACAUAAAUAAAAAUUAUUGGGUGCCUCAAACUUGUCCAACUUGAGUUCAUAGAAUGCUUUCUAUAUGGUUGGGAAAAUCAUUUCCAAUAAUCUAAGAUAAGUCGUACGUAGAUAAAAUGAUUAUUUUUUUAAGUGAGCUUCAGAAAGAACAUCUUUGUAUAUUACAUCAAAAUUCCACACAAGUCCUUGUAGAUUUCUGCAAACUUGCUAUUGAUUUCCUGCAUAAUGGAAUCAACUAUAAGAAGCAUACCUUAGCAGCAGAUAAGCUGGGAAUACAGAUAAACGAUGUACAAAAUCUUGUACAGGCCUUAACAUAUUUAUUGGUGGAAGCUUGUCAACAUAAUUUGUCAGAACCAGAUUUUAAAUCAUCAUUAGCAAUCGCUGGCUUUGAAGCUACACAUCAAGAUGUGCUGAUCAAGCUGUAUACUAAUAAGAAGACAGAUCUCUUCAAUGCUCUCUACCUGCUUUCUCAAAAGGCACCUGUUUAUCAAGACUUCACUUGGCGCUUUGAGGUUCAGAUUGCCAGUCAAAUGUGUGAAGAGGAAAUCAAACCGUCAAUUGCAAUGGAUUUUGUAUUAAUGACGUCUAAGAAUUACACAGAAACUAAAGAUGCAAGUAAAUCUGAUCUUACACAUAAGACUAUUUCACCGAAACACAUAAAUUUGCUUAUAGAAGAUGCAAAAGCUGCUAGUCAAUGCCAAAAUAUCAUCAAUCAUGUUUUAGUUCAAUGUGACCUACCAAACUUAAUUCAUAUGACAAAUAAAUUAGAAAAGGCUUUGAAUGAAUCAAAAAGUCAGCAUGUACGUAAAGUACAGAGAGUUUUGUAAAGACAUUAGAUGGAAGUCCCAAUUUAAAAUCAUUAUUGUGCCAUAUUUGGUGAGUAAAUUAUACAUAACAAUGUAAGGGUCAAAUAAUAUUUUCUUACUGCAAAACUUUAUUCAAAAAAGUUACUUCAUUAAAAACGACUUUAGAAACACCACGUUGGGCGCCAUUUUAACACUGCUAAGUGCAUAAUAUAGGGCAAAGCAUCGCCGAUUGUAGGCUAACGUAAAGGUAAACUUCUUUUUAAUGAUGAUGGUUAAUGCAGAACACUUACAUAUUGAGGAGUUUUCACAUAAAAGGUUGAAGCUCGUGUGUGUUCUGCAUUCUAGCUGCUGUAACUAUGGCUAUUUUAGAAUUAUUGUAGUUGAUAGGACAACCA